GGGUGGAGUUCCGGUCGACCGGUCCGCGCAGAGGCUGUGCUCCGAGUUCUCUCCUGCAGCCGGUGUGGGCUUCCUGGUUGGUACUUCAGCUUUUCCCCUGGAAAACAGAAGAGGUAAAUGAACAUUCCUGUGAUAAUGUGAAUACAAAGCCUGAAUUAACCCCUUAGAAGAGUGAAAUUUCUUUAUAUUCUAAUCUUCUACCUUAAAAAUUCAUGUUGACAUUGCAUGGUGUCAUAAGUGAUCUGAAGGCGCCAACCACUUGAACUUCUGGGAUCAAGUGAGGUUCCUGCACUUGAGUCCUUUGCACUGUUUGCUUCUGUGAGUCGCUGUAACUUUCAGUUUGAUUUUUACUACCCUUGGAUGCACUCCUGAUAUGGAGAAGAUUGAGGAACAAUUUGCUAAUUUGAACAUUGUUAAACGUUCCUCAGAAACUAAAGAGCCUACUUAUCUGCUUGGCAUAGACACAUCAAAGACUGUACAAGCAGAAAAAGGAAGCUUGGUUGCUGUUUUAUGUUCUAAUGGAUCAAUCAGAAUAUAUGAUAAAGAAAGAUUAAAUGUACUACGAGAAUUUAGAGGAUAUCCUGGACUUAAUGGAGUCAAGUUUGCAAAUUCCUGUGACAGCAUGUAUUCCUCAUGCACUGAUGGCACUGUAAAAUGUUGGGAUGCUCGAUUAGCCAGUGAAAAACCUGUCCAGCUGUUCAAGGGUUACCCUUCCAAUAUUUUUAUCAGUUUUGAUAUCAGCUGUAAUGAUCAUGUCAUUUGUGCUGGUACAGAAAAAGUUGAUGAUGAUGCAUUGUUGGUAUUUUGGGAUGCAAGAAUUAAUUCUCAGGAUUUGUCUACUACUAAAGACCCACUUGGUGCAUAUUCAGAGACACAUAGUGAUGAUAUCACUCAAGUAUGUUUCCAUCCCAGCAAUCCCAACAUGGUAGUCUCAGGUUCAACUGACGGCCUGGUAAAUGUAUUUGAUAUUACUGUUGAUAAUGAAGAAGAUGCACUGGUUACAACCUGUAACUCAGUUUCAUCAGUAAGCUAUAUUGGUUGGUCUGGGAAAGAUUAUAAACAGAUUUACUGCAUGACACACGAUGAAGGAUUUUGUUGGUGGGAUCUUAAUCAUCUGGAUACCGAUGAACCAAUUACAUGUUUGAACAUUCCGGAUGUCAGAGAAGUAAUUAAUGUGAAAGAAGGGAUUUUGGACUAUUUGAUUGGCGGCCUAUAUCAUGAAAAGACGGACAGAUUGUUUGUAGUUGGAGGAACAAACACAGGAAUUAUUCACAUAAUGAGCUGUACCACAUCAGGAUUGGUCCAUGUGACCAGGCUUCAGGGAGGGCAUGCUGCUACAGUCCGUUCUUUCUGUUGGAAUAUGCAGGAUGAUUCUUUGCUAACUGGAGGAGAAGAUGCACAGUUGUUACUUUGGAAACCUGGAGCAGUAGAGAAGACGCUUACAAAGAAAGACAGCAUGAAAAUAGCAUCCUCUGUGUACCAGCGAGUUCGAGUUCAUAGUAAUGAUUCUUAUAAGAGAAGGAAAAAGCAGUGAUGUUACAUUGGGGGUUUACUUGACAGGUUUUUUAGUUGCAAAUAAUUAUUUCUGUGUACUACCUGUUGUAGACGUGUUUAAAGCUCAUAUGUAAAUAAAAACAAGCCAGUUAGCAAA